GCAAGUUUACCUCAUCUCUAGUUGAGGGAAGUUAACCACGAAAAUUUAUUUUUUUUAUUAAAAAAACAAUUUAAGUCAAUUAAAUAUUGCAGUUCCUUAAUAAAAAAUGAACAAAAUUUAAUGAUAAAUUGACGUUUUGUGCUAUUAAUCUUGUUAAAAGGCAAAGACGAAACAUUUUGCGCGUGGCACAGUUUUGGCAUUGGCAUUUUUGCAUGUGCGAGCGAGACGAAAAGCCUGUUAGUGUUCAAAGGCAGUAGGAGCAAAUGGGAGAGCCGUAUACGAAACAACGAGCAAAACAAUAAAGCACGUUAACCGGCAGAUAAGGGGCGAAAAGAAGAAGAAUCGCUAAAAGACGAAAUUAAAUUAAUGAUAAGUCUCAGGCGUCGUGUCAAUUGAACGUUUCUCGGUCACUCAGUGCCGUGCCUUUCUAUCUGCCUCUGUUGCUCGUUUUUUUCGUAAUCAAUUAGUUGGACACUGGCCUAGCGUUAGUUUCAUUCAAAACGUUGAGCAUAGCGUGUCUCGUCCUCAUUCGCAGUCCUCGCUUUGUCCCCGCUUUGCCUCGCCAUGCCAGCCAACGAUGAACUACAAUCGCCCAGCAGCGAAAUGGUUUUGCUUACUCCCAACCUUGAGACAGCUCCGUCCAUCAUUGCCGACACCACUCUAGCGAGCACAAACAAGGACCCACAGCGUGAGGGUUCAGCUGAAUCGAAUAGUAGUCGUGUCGUCAUGAAAAAACAACUGGGACUCUUGGAAGGUGUGGCCAUUAUAUUGGGCAUAAUCUUUGGUUCCGGCAUAUUCGUCUCACCCAAGGGAGUCAUACGCGAAGUGGAAUCUGUGGGCACUUCAUUGAUCAUUUGGAUCCUUUGUGGACUUCUGUCAAUGAUCGGCGCCCUUUGUUAUGCGGAGCUAGGUACAGCUAUACCAAAAUCGGGCGGCGAUUACGCCUAUAUAUAUGAGGCGUAUGGCUCAUUGCCGGCAUUUCUAUAUCUGUGGGAUGCCAUGAUGAUAUUUGUACCUACAACUAAUGCCAUUAUGGGUCUGACCUUCGCCUCAUAUGUGCUGCAACCGUUUUUCGAUGAAGCAUGCGAGAUUCCAAAAGUCGCUCUACAAUUGCUGGCCGCUGUAACCAUUUGUUUCCUCACCUACCUCAAUUCGUACUAUAUGAAACUCACAACUAAAAUGCAGAAUAUCAUUAUGUUUACCAAAAUUGCUGCUUUGGUGCUAAUCAUUAUUGUUGGUCUUGUGUGGAUGUGCAUGGGAAAUUUGGAGAAUUUUAAACAGCCAUUUGAAAAUACUGAAACUGAUCCCGGCAAGCUUUCAGUGGCCUUUUAUUCAGGCAUUUUCUCAUAUGCCGGUUGGAAUUAUUUGAAUUUUAUGACCGAGGAACUGCGUGAUCCGUAUCGAAAUCUUCCACGUGCCAUUUACAUCUCAUUGCCAUUGGUUACUGGUAUCUAUGUGCUGGCUAAUAUGGCAUAUCUGGCGGUGCUAUCACCACCAGAGAUGAUAGCCUCCAAUGCCAUUGCAGUUACAUUUGGCAAUAAAAUCAUGGGCAGUUUUGCUCUCAUUAUACCCAUCAUGGUUGCCAUCUCUGCCUUUGGCGGUCUCUCUGUCCACAUCAUGACAUCGUCACGAAUGUGCUUUGUCGGUGCUCGAAAUGGUCAUAUGCCCGCCAUUCUAUCCCAUAUUAGCAUGAAGAGCUACACCCCACUGCCAUCUCUUGCUUUUCUGUGCUUACUCUCCAUUGUGAUGCUCGUGGUGAGCGAUGUAUAUGUGCUGAUAACAUAUGCCAGCAUUGUGGAGUCGUUCUUUAUUAUGUUGUCAGUCUCGGCAGUUCUCUACUUCCGCUACUCGCGUCCUACUAUGGAACGGCCAAUUAAAGUCUCAUUGUGGAUACCGGCUGUGUUUGUUGUCGUGUGUGCCUUUCUGGUGGUUGUCCCCAUUUAUGUGGCGCCCUAUGAAGUCGGUAUGGGUGUAUUAAUCACUCUAAUUGGCAUACCAUUUUAUUAUGUGGGUGUUGUGUGGCAAAACAAACCCAAAUGGGUGCAGCACGGAAUUGAUUCCAUGACAUUUACUUGCCAAAAACUCUUUAUGUCCGCCAAAGAGCAGAAGCAGGAAUGAAUCCAGCGGAAGCCUCAAAAUAAAAUUUCAUGAAUUUACUUCACCAACGACGCAUCAUUGUUAAUAGUUACUACAACUACACACACACACACAUUUCUAUUCAUAUUUAUAUAUGCAUAUAUAUUUAUACAAACUAAACACAGACACUGACCAAAAAGUGCAAAGACUUCGAAUAAUAGUUUUUAGUUUUUUCAUCAAUUUAGAUUUCAAUUGAACGAGAGCCAAAGUUGCCGAAAUUUCUUACCAAAAAAAUAUUUGUUUUAUAUUUAAUGAAAUUUUCGUUUUGUUGCUUAUUGUUUAAAAACGCAUUUAAUGUAUAAUUUCUUUUUUUUUGGGUUUUUUUUGUUUGGUUUUAAAGAGAAUAUAAAUUUUCUAAUAAAGAUAAACAUUUUGUACUGGCAAAAAAAAA